GAUCACGCCACUGAGAAAUACUGAAACAAGUCCCUGAAGAGGCUGCACACCUAUUCCUAGAGAUCAUUAAACACAGGUCUAUGACAUGAAAAUCACAUGCAUCAUGAUCUUAUUUUGGUUCCUCUCCAUGCUAUUACUAUCAGACAAAAGCCAGACUUCUAAAACAGGUAUCAUAUACAAUUUCACUGAGAAGAAUUACUCUUUAAUUCCAGCAGAUAUUAAUGAAGAUGUUCAAGUACUUGACCUCAGUUAUAAUCAAAUUACUCUGAAUGUUACAGACAUAAGGGCUCUACAGAUGUAUUUUUUACUCACUGAACUCUAUUUGAUACAGAACAAUGUCAUUAUCUUACUUAAUGACAGUUUUGGUAACCUCUCCAACUUACAAAUUUUAAAUAUCUGUAGAAACUCCAUCUAUAUAAUUCAGCGGGAUGCAUUUGUAGGCUUGAGUAAACUAAAACAGUUGUAUCUCUGCCAAAACAAAAUAUUACAACUGAAUGCUGAUAUAUUUGUGCCUCUAAAAAACCUGAAACUUUUGAAUCUGCAAGGCAAUUUGAUAAGCUAUUUGGAGGUACCACUACUAUUUCAUCUGGAAUCAAUAAUUUUAUAUGGAAAUCCAUGGAACUGCUCUUGUAGUCUAUUCAAUUUGCAAAACUGGUUGAACACAUCAAAUGUGAUACUAGAAAAUGAGAGCAUCACCACGUGUAGCUUCCCAGAUAUGCUGAAGUGCUACAGUAUCAAAACAGUACCUUAUGAAGCUGAAUGCCACUCAAAAUUUCCUUCACCUAUAACUGAAGAUCUUUAUAUUCAUUUUCAGUCCAUUAGCAACUGGACAUUUAAUAACUCUUUGAACAACUUAACAAUAAAUUCAGAACACGAAUCUCUUGGAAAAAGUUGGGCUUUUCUUAUUGGUGUUGUUGUCACCGUACUGAUGACUUCACUCCUCAUUUUUAUUGCUAUCAAAUGCCCAAUAUUGUAUAAUCUUCUGCUUAGUUACAAUCAUCAUCGCCUGGAAGAGCAUGAAGCAGAAACCUAUGAAGAUGGUUUUACUGGAAAUCCAAGUUCUCUUUCACAUAUACCAUAUACAAACUCCGAAGACACUACAGUAGUAUUUGAACAAUUACAUUCAUUUGUAGUAGAUGAUGAUGGGUUUAUUGAAGACAAAUAUAUAGAUACCCAUGAAUUAUGUGAAGAAAAUUAAUUUCUUUCAAUGUUUGAUUUUUUUAAAAAAAGUUAUCAGUCCAUUCACAGUUUAGGCAUGGAGAUUCUCUAUUUUUUUGGUGGCUGGCUGGUACAGGGAUCUGAACCCUUGACCUUGGUGUUACAAGGCUGUGCUCUAACCAACUGAGCUAACUGGUCAGCCUAGGCAUGGAGAUUUUGAUAUGUGACAUACCAAACUGUAGCUAGUAGACCUUCAUAUUAAUUAUAAAAUACAUAAAUAUCAUAUAACUAUGUUUUUCUCAUUUAAUUGAGCAAGCAGGUCCAAAUAUAGUAACUGACAAUCGCUGGAAGCUAAGUUUCAUAGUUAGUCUGCAGUGAUAGUAUUAUUCUUAGCAGUAUUCAAGAGACCGUACGCACUAGAAAGAAGAAGGCCUAAAAUAAAUUAUUCAUUAACUAAAAUAAAUAGAUUCGCAUAUUAACACAAAUAUUUGAUGUAAUAUGUAUUAAAUUAUACUAAAGUUCCAAUCAGUAAAUAAUAAAGAUUUUAGUCUUAAAAUCUUUUACUAUCAUGGUGGCUUCCAAAGUGGGCAUCACAAUUAUCUAUGAAUCUUGUUUUUAAAAAUACGUAUUUCUGCCUCUCUUUGGGAGAUUUUUAUUCAAACGAGUACGUGCUGGAGCUGAGAAAUCUUCAGGCAGUCCACGGACGGCUGUUUGGGAUCCAUUAGAUAGAGCAAUGUUUCCCAAAUUGUUUUAUAGAACACUAAUUUCCAGAGACAUUCAAAAGUACUUCUGAGAAAAGAAAAAGGUACAUGGUCAAAUUAUUAUAGGAAACACUGGGCUUAAACAAAGUGAGACAAGAUUCUUUACUAUAGGACUUAUCUGAGACUUUGCUAAGCUAAACUGCUCUCUGAUUAUUCAACAGCAAAGUAUUCAGAAUUUUUCAAACUCACUUGACAACAAAACCCUUUCUUUGAUGUACACUUACUAAGAGCUCAUAGCACAAUAAUAGUCUAAAGAACAUAGUUUGGAAAACACCAUCCUUCAUACUGCAGUAGGAAGGGUCUAAAGUAAAUUAUUUGCCAAUUUCUUAUAACCAGUUGGCUGCAAUCAUAAUUUUAACAACUUAUCAAUGCAAACAGUGGCAUUAAAAACUGUAGCAAAAUCUCAAGUCCUUAAAAUGGCAUACAAUAAAAAAAAACUAGCAAAAUCUAUAAUUUUUACCUUCCAUAUAUAGGAAAAUUGUGUAUUUACAUCUCAUUGAAAUAAGGAUAUCUAUAAAACACUGAAACAUAUUUAUGGAUAAGAUAAUAUGUCUAGAGAUUUUCUUCACCAUAAUACAUGGAAAGGAACAGUGGCAAGAGGUAUAGAUAUGAGGUGAUGGAGAUGGGAGAUGGGUACAUAAGGGUAUAAUAUGCUCUUUUUUUAAUGUAUGUUCAAAUUUCUCUAAAAUAAAACUUUUAAAAUGUGUA